AAAUAUUGUAAUUACAUCCGAAUCUUUGCAUAUUAUUCAACGACACAACCCACUUCCUACUUUCAGUUUCGUUUUAUUUCAGAAAGUAAGGAUGAAAGGCUUCUUAGUGGUUGACAGGUUGAAUGACAUACAUUUUAUUGAAACAGACAAAGAAUUUGCGAGACAUAUUAAUGAACAAGCUAGAGAACAGGGACUUAUAAGUGAUGAUGAAGCAGAUGUAUACACAGUGGAUCCAAAUAUUGUUAUGCAACAGUUUUCACCUUUAUUCAUGUCUCAGUGGUUUAUGAUUGACCAUGCCAAGAACCCAUGCUCAUCAAUUAUAUGUGAAAAUGAUUUCCUAUUUGUAUUCAGACAUUUCGAGGAUUUCCUCAUUGUUGCUAUAAAUGGAGAUAACACAGAGUCUGAGGAUUUUCUUACAAGGAAAACGCUGGUGUUUAUACGGCUGAUUGGCUUUGUCAUGGGUCCUGUCAGUGAAGAGAUAGGAAAGCCAAGGUUUACAAGCAAAAUGGAAAGAUGGAACUUCCUUAGGCAUUUAUUAUCUACAUGGACAUAUCUGGCUAAACAUGAACAAUCUUUCCUUGUUGAGGCUGUGGAGAAGUUGCAUAUGAACCAGGUUGUCAGUGAACAGUGUGUGGAAAUUCUUCAGGCUGCAGUCAACAAGUUCCAGGAGGCGGGAGAAAGACAUACCCAGCAUGCAUUGCUGCUUGUGAACAGCAAACUAUUGUCCCUCUACUCUAAUCGUAAUGCCCAAGAACUUCAGUCAUCAGACAUUCUGUGUAUCAUACUGUUGGUGCGUUGUCUUUUCCCAACACAUGACAAGCUUGAAGAUUUGUUUGCUCAGUCAUACAGACGUACUGGUACAGGACACUUAAGGUAUGAGGCUCGUUCGCCUGCUACAGUGAGAGUAUCCCAGCCACAAAGAGAUAGGUAUGAGAGUGCUGUAGAAGGUUUCACUACUGGGGAUGAAACAGAAAAUGAUGAGUAUUUUAGCGCCAAAGAAAACAAAAAUCAUGAUGAUGGUAGUCCAUCUCCACUGGAGGGAAUAUUGACUGAAGAAAGGUCUUCAGAUUCAAAUGGAGCAAAAACACCGUACCCUGAGGUAUCAGAGAAAUAUGUAACCCCAACAACGUCACCUACCCUCCUACAUGCGAUGGACUACCUUACGCAGAAAUCUCAGGACUUGAAAAUGACUUUAGACCUGUUGAAGUCAGUGAAUACCAGCAUUAAGGGAGAGAGAAUGCGGUCAAGAAGUCAUACUUUAAGUGAGGUGGAGGACCAGCUAGGGAAUAAGGGAUCCUCAUUGCCAGCGGGUAGAGGCAGAAGUUCCAGUCUUUGUGAGCACAUAAAAAAGGAGAGUCAUCUAUGUAGCAAAAGAAGUUCUUCGGACGUCCGCUUGAACACAGAGGAAGAGCAGGAAGAGUAUGUGUUUCCCGAUAUACCCGAGGACAGGGACUGCAUUAAACAGGCUGUGUUUCUAUCAACGUCAAUUUGUAAAUAUUCUCCAUACCAAAUACACUGUCAGAGAAUAUUUCCUGGAAUUAUUCUUGUAGUUUUGACUGAGAUGCCAAAACUGUCCCAGGCUCCUAAACUUGUACAGCUUAUGCAGUUGCUCAAAGACCUAAUGAAUGGACACAAGGACAUGGUUAGCCGCAUCCAAGGGCAGAUAAUUUAUGAUGCCAUUAAUACUCAACUAACAAAGGUUCUCUUGUCUCUUCGAAAAGCUAAGGGUCAGCUAGAAAAGUUAUGUACAGAAAUCCGGAAGAAAUGGGAAAGUGAUGAUGUGAGAGGAGGGAUCUUGGCUUAUUUAGAGCAGAGUUCUAGAGCUGAAAUAUCUCCCAGUUUAGAGAGAUCACUGAAGUAUCUCUACAAUAAACUAACAGAGGUGUUCCGUGUUCUCUAUCUGUCACCACGACCUUUGAUGCCAGCGGUAACAAAUGCCCUGAUCUCAGUGACGGAACUUUUCACCAAACACCUAGGGGACUACAGAAACUAUCUCAUCGUGAAGGCACAAAGAAACUUUACAAUGACUACAUAUAUAGAAGACUUUCCAGGACUUGUUCAUUUCAUCUAUGUGAAUCGACGAACCAAUCAGAUUAUGGCACCGUCACUAAAUAUAACUCAGGAGGACAUCCAUUCUUCUCAUGAUGCAACACAACUGCUCAAGGAAAAGAUCUGGGGUAUGACGGGAUGGAUACAGCAGAAGUUACAUGAGGGUUACACGACCGUUACAGCUAGAGAAGGAGACUAUCAUUACUCGUACUUCCUCUGGUUUGAAAACUGUUCCGGCAGUCCUGAAGUGAUCCAGAGGCCAUACAAGGCCGACUGUACAGCACCACCUCCUGGUAUUCUCACUGGUAACUUCUACAAAUACAUAACCCACAAAUGUUUUCCACAGUCUGUGAUAAAUUCUGUUCACUGUAUUGAACUCUUCAUGAUGCAUGUGGGGUUGGCUAACAUGCAGUUCAUCACUAAUCACUGUAGAGAACUUGCAGCUAGACUUUAUGAAACAUCCGGUGAUAUGGUUGGCAACAUUGGACUGUUUGGCACAUGAAGUUGAAAUUUCAAACUU